CCAGCAUUCCUUGCCUGGGAUCCCAGUGGCCGUGAAACAAUCCAUUGACCUGCGUACAUCCAUGGACGGGAAGUACAAGGAGAUUGCUGAGGAGCUGUUCUCACGCACUCUGGCAGAGAGUGAGAUGCGCAGCGCUCCUUAUGAAUUCCCAGAGGACAGCCCCAUUGAACAGCUGGAGGAGCGGCGUCAUCGACUUGAGCGACAGAUCAGCCAGGAUGUGAAGUUUGAACCCGACAUCCUUCUGCGAGCCAAACAGGAGUUCAUGAAGACUGACAGUGCCACGGAUCUUGAAUACAUGAAGGAGCAGAGCCAAGAUCCUGACAUGCAGGCGAGAGAACCGGUUCCAGAGAAAGAGUAUCAGCGAGUUGCUAUUUCUGGAGAAGAGAAAUGUGGGGUUCCUUUCACAGAUCUGUUGGAUGCAGCCAAGUGUGUGGUGAAGGCUCUGUUCAUCAGACAGAAGUAUAUGGGUCUGUCGCUGCAGAGCUUCUGCAGGACCACCACUCGCUGCCUUCAGGAGCUGAGUGAGAGACCUCUGGACUUGGACAUCUAUGAGGAGGAGAUCCCAGAGACCUCAGCCACUGCAGGUUUGUUCACAUAUGCCACAAUGCACCCACCUGCUCCUGAAAGGCAUCCCUAUGAGAACCAGGACCCUGCCAGCAUGCCCCAUGACAUGGGUUACGGCUGCAAGAUGGUGGAUGGUGUUAUGCAUGUGUACACAACGAGGAACAUUAUGGAAAAGAGCACAGAGCUGGAUCUGCCAUAUCCAGACCUGCAGGAGUAUAUCGCUGACAUGAACGUGAUGAUGGCGCUCAUCAUCAACGGACCAGUAAAGUCCUUCUGCUACCGUCGUCUGCAGUAUCUUAGCUCCAAGUUCCAGAUGCACAUUCUGCUGAAUGAGAUGAAAGAGUUGGCGGAACAGAAGAAAGUCCCACAUCGUGACUUUUACAAUAUCCGUAAGGUGGACACACACAUUCACGCUUCAUCCUGCAUGAACCAGAAGCACCUUCUGCGUUUUAUCAAAAGGGCAAUGAAGAAGUAUCCUAAGGAGAUUGUGCAUGUAGAAAGAGGUAAAGGUCAGACGCUCAUGGAGGUGUUUGAGACCAUGAACCUGACAGCGUUUGACCUGAGCGUGGACACCCUGGACAUGCACGCAGACCGUAACACUUUUCAUCGCUUUGACAAGUUCAAUGCCAAAUACAACCCCAUUGGCGAGUCCAUAUUAAGAGAGAUCUUCAUCAAAACAGACAACCACAUCGAGGGGAAAUACUUUGGCCACAUUAUUAAGGAGGUGAUGGCAGACCUGGAGGAGAGCAAAUACCAGAACGUGGAGCUCAGGUUGUCGAUCUACGGACGCUCCAGGGACGAGUGGGACAAACUGGCCCAGUGGGCUGUGACACAUCAAGUCUACUCCGGCAAUGUGCGCUGGCUUGUGCAAGUGCCAAGACUCUUUGACGUCUACCACACAAAGAAACAGCUGUGCAACUUCCAAGAGAUGCUGGAGAAUAUCUUCAUGCCUCUGUUUGAGGUUACAGUCCACCCCGGCAGCCAUCCAGAGCUGCACCUCUUCCUUCAGCACGUUGUGGGUUUUGACAGCGUGGAUGAUGAAUCGAAACCAGAGCAACACAUCUUUAACCUGGACAGUCCGCUGCCAGUCAACUGGACAGAGGAGCACAACCCGCCCUACUCCUACUACCUGUACUAUAUGUACGCAAACAUGACCGUGCUGAAUCACCUGCGCAGGCAGCGAGGGUUUGACACGCUCGUCCUACGUCCACAUUGUGGGGAGGCGGGGCCGAUCCAUCACCUGGUGUCAGGUUUCAUGCUGUCAGAGAACAUCUCCCAUGGGCUGCUGCUCAGGAAGGCUCCUGUGCUGCAGUAUCUGUACUACUUGGCCCAGAUAGGUAUCGCCAUGUCCCCUCUCAGCAAUAACAGCCUGUUCCUCAGCUACCAUCGUAACCCUUUACCAGAGUACCUGUCCAGAGGCCUCGUGGUCUCUCUGUCCACGGACGACCCUCUGCAGUUUCACUUCACCAAGGAGCCCUUGAUGGAGGAGUACAGCAUUGCUGCUCAGGUGUGGAAACUGAGCUCCUGCGACAUGUGUGAGCUGGCCAGAAACAGCGUGCUGAUGAGCGGAUUCUCUGAAAGGGUGAAGAGCUUCUGGCUCGGCCCACAUCACACCAAGGAGGGGCAGGCGAGUAAUGACAUCAGGCGCACCAACGUUCCUGACAUCCGAGUGGCAUAUCGGUAUGAGACCAUGUGUGAGGAGUUGAAUUUAAUCACGCAGGCCAUCCGCACAGAUGAGCUGGAGACCAUCGAGGAGGAGGGGAGUCUGCGCAUGGGAGCUGGGCAGGGAAAGAAGUGAAC